AUGUAUAAAAAACACAAUUUUAUAAAUAUAAAAUAUCUCCUUGUGGUUAUAGUCUUAGUUAUAACCUUUGUGAGAAUGGAGGAAAAACAAAAUAACACAUUGCAACCCGUAACUCCUAAGAAAGUAAAAGAAGAAUUAUCCAAAUCACAUGGAGCAAAUCAAAUGGUAUAUAAUAUCAUUUCCGAAGGAUUAAAGGAAGAUAUUGAAUCUGGAAAAAAAUAUACAAUAGAAGAGGUGGCAAAACACAAUAAGGCAACUGAUGCUUGGGUUAUUUAUAAAAAUAAAGUUUAUGAUGUAACUUAUUAUCUUAAGUUUCACCCAGGAGGAGAAGAGAUAUUGUUGGAACGAGCAGGAAGUGAUGUUACCGAUUUGGUUUUUAUGUAUCAUAGUUGGGUGAAUGUUGAAAAGAUAUUAGAAAAUACUUAUCUUGGGGACCUUGUCGAAUAA